GGGGUGCGCGGUUCGGGGCGCGGUCCCGGUCCCCCCGCCGAGCAUCCUGCGGUCCGGGCAGGGAGCGCCCCCCCGGGCCCAUCGGUGUCGUGAGCCGCGCGUUCCCUGUGCGGGACCAGCGGCUUCAGCCACUCCCGCUUGCGGGUGCCCCCCGCCCCUCCUGCUCGCCCAGCCUUCCCCAAACUGGUGUCACUGCUCCGGGGUGUCGCAGGUGCCUGUGGAGCUCCGCUGGGUGUCCCCCGGGGGUGCUGUCAUCACCCAGCUCGGCUGGAUGAGGUUUUCAAGCAGCCGUGCACCUGCCACUUCCUCGCCCAAAUCUUGGGGUUCCUGCCGGGAGCCUGGAAGCUGCUGCGGGCAGAGGUCGCUGGAAGCAGCACCAGCCCCAUGGGAGGGGACGAUGACCCGGCCCCGGUCCCUCCCUCCUGGGUGGCUUUGGCAAUUGCAGCCGUGAGUCAGGGCGAGGGUGUUAUCUUGAGGCUCCAGGGUGGCACCUGAGUGGCGUCGGUGACCUGAGCACGGGGACAUCGUGACGCCGGCGGGAGGGCUGGGGGUGUCUGCUCAGGGUGACUGAACGUGUCCCCGUCCCGCCACCUGCCCGGGCUUGCCUGGACAUGCUGGGACUUGCCUGGCAGUGAGGUCACGCCGGUCUGUGCGCUCGCACUGCCCGGAGAUAGGAAGUUGGGUUUCUAUUUUUACUCGGGGAUGCUGAGUCUGAGCACAGGGUGCCCCCAGGGACUGAGUGUGGCCCCCAGCCCCCCGGGCACUGCCCGGCUGCCCACUGGCACACCGUGCUGGUGCCAUGCCUGCUGAUCGGAUCAUCGAGUCUUUAGGGCUGGAAAAGACCUCCAAGACCCUCGAGUCCAACCACUGACCAGUCCUCACCUUGUCGGCUGCACCCGAGCUCUGAGUGAAACACCCAGUCAUUUAUUGCACGCGUCAAGGGCUGGAAUGGGGGGAAGACAAUGUGGCACAGGCAAUCCAGAGGGGCUGCAGGUGCUGAAUUUGGGGAGAAAUCUUCCCUGCAGGAGGCUGAGAACUCACUUUUUGGGGGAAGUUUGGGGAUGGGGAGGAUCGUUUGUUGCCUGGCUUUGAGAAUCUCAGGUUAGGUGGGAAAUGGGACCUAUGAAUCUUCAUUUUUAAAGCUGAUUUAAUGAGUGUGGCUGUCCCUUAGCUCUGAAAACUCAAAUCCCAGGGCAGUGCUGACUCUUAUCAGCUGGACUCGAUGAUCCUGGAGAUGUUUUCCAACCUUAACAAUUCUGAUUCUAUGUUGAGGUUCCUCAUAAGUGUGGGUGUAGUGGGGGGUCCAUUAACCUCACAAGUGGAUAAGGACUGCUGGGAUGGAAAGGCUUUGUCACUUACUGGGAAGGUCAAGGCUUUUGGCACCGAUUUGAAAAAAAACAAACAAGGUCUUGUUUCUGAUUACCCAAGAGCUCCUUCCAGAUAAGGAGGGUGGUUUGCCAAGUGGUCAAGCUUGUGGCAUGUUCCUGCAGUUGCUUGAAGGUUUCCUUACCACUGGGUCUGGGUUCUUGAGAUGAAGAAACUGGCCAGAAAAACAUCUUGUUGCUUCACUUGCCCGUGUGCCAACUUGCCCUUGCCUGCGUGGAAGUGGGAGUGAGCAGGUUGGGCAGUGUCUGGGGACCAGGGGAGCAUCAUCCUGGUGUGGCACCCGAGGGGUGUUGUGGGUGCUGGAUGCUCUGACCUGGCAGGGCUCUGCCUGCAGGAGGAUUAGGGAGUGUUGACAUCUGCACCUUCCCCACCCUGCUGUGUUACACUGGGCUGGCUCUGACCUCAGCCAUGCUGAAACCUCCAGAGUCAGAGUCCAGAUGUGUGAGUCCCCUCUGGCCAGCCCAGCUCGUCCCACCUUGGCUUUGCUGUGUGUGCUGCUGUCACCUGUGCCCCUGUAACUCGCUCUGCUCUCCCCCAGCCACCGCGAUGCCGCUGUCCCAGAGCAGGGCUGGCCAGACCCCCUGCAGCAGCAAGGUGUGCAGGAACCUCUUUGGCCCCGUGGACCACGAGCAGCUCCAGCAUGACUUUGAGGACAAGAUAAGGCAACAGCUGGAAGAAGCUCAGCAGCGCUGGAACUUCAACUUUGAGACAGAGACUCCCUUGGAAGGGCCGUUCAAGUGGGAGAGGAUCCUGGAGGCUGAGCAGCCCCCCCAGGAGGUUCACAGCCUGGUCAGGGCUGUCAUCAGCAGUGACAGCAGGAGCUCCUUGGCCCACAGGGUCCCCCCUGGCAGGGUUUGCCUUGAGGGGUCUGAGCAGAGCUCCAAGGUGUACAAGGCUGGCUCCCUGCAGAGCUUGAAACGUGGGCAGACCACGAUCAAAGAUUUCUACAGUGCCAAGAGGAGGAUCAUCCCUGCCCGGCCCCGGCCGUGACUCGCUGGGCAGCGAGUGUGGCUGCCCCGGGCUCUGCCCCUGUACAAAGCAAUGUAGAGUCUCUAGUUCCCUAUUUAUGGUAGCUCUGGGGUCCUGAGGGACCUUCACUGUGUGCAAUGUAGAGGAGGAGCCCCACGGUGGGGCUGGAGGAGAACUGAGAUGGGCCUGGUGGGAUUUAGGCACUGCCCUGCCUGAGAGAAGUGUCCUCUGCCCUGCUCGUGGCUCCAUCACCGUCCUUGUGCCAUCCUGCUGUCCAGCCACGGUCUGUCCCCUGCCCAGGGGCUGGCCCUGGGGGAAAUUUGUGUCCCAACCACCUGGUGGCACCAGAUACCUUGAAGGAAAGUCACUGGUGUGGAUUGCAGAGCCCUGGGGCGCCCCAGCUGCUGGCACAUGGUCCCUGUCCCAGCAGGAUGGACCCAGCACUUGUCUGUGUGUGGAGCAGAGUGAUGGGGAGGCUGCUCCUUCCCUGGCAGCCUUUGGGGCCCCCUGCACUCUGCUGGCCCCAAAUCCCACCUUCUUCCCUUGUUGUUGGCUUGUUCAGUGGUGCUGCCUGUGCCCAUGUCCCUGCCUCCCUCAACACUGACACCAGGCUGGGGAGCCCCUGCUCUGCCUCUGCUGGGCUCCUCUAGAAGAAGUCCUGCUCAUCAGCAGGGGUGAUGCUAAAAUAAGGAAUUGUAGCUUAUUUUCCUGGACUUUUUCUCCUUUGGGGCUGUCAGGGAGAGGACCUGGCUCUGCUCUGGGAACAAGGGAUGGCCUGGAGCAGAGGCUGCUCAGUUCCAGCACUGAAGGAUGAGUCCUGGGGGACUCAACACUGUCAGGUGUCAGCACUUUCGUGGGGUUCAUCUCCUGCUCUGCUGGAUUUGGACUUGGGAAACUGGUGCAAGAUGGUCCCAAGAAGAAAAGGGUUGAUCUCCCACUUUGCACCACAAUGCACUUUGCUGUCAAGUUCCCAGCACUAAAUGUUUAUUUAUAUUUAAAAUAAUGCUAUUAAGUGUAUGUGGGGAAAGGGAAGAUACCUGUUUGUCUGUAAGUGAAUAAACACUUGUACAAAGGA